AGAUUGUUGCACUGGCUUCUGCACGGCUGGGGGGGGGGGUGAGGCGCUGGUGAACAGGGGUCUGCUAAGGGCUUGAACACAUUUGCCGUGAGACUGCACAAAAGGUGUGAAGGGGGCGGAAUCCACUCGUAGGCUUAAGUCGCGUGUACGGGCCUGCGCGGGCGUGUGCACGGAGGGGCGCUGCACGCGUGCCGGACACACGCGGUGCCAAGCCCCACCACCGCACGGCAUGGCGAGUGGCCGAGGGCCACACCCUGGGCGCACCAAAGGUCGUAGCUUAGGUGCCGUGCUAGCGGCGCAUGCUGCCAUUUGCGUCCAGGCUGCUGCAGUGGUACAUGGCGAGCGGGUCGGAACUCGGCAGUAGGGCUCGGCAAUUUCGUGGCUUAACGGAGCACCACCGCGGUCGCCCAGGGUGUACGGUGCUUUGAUUGUCGACUUACAGCUCUACUAGUUUAGCGUUGGUGGAGAAUUGAACACGCGGUGUGAGCUGCGGCGCGAGCUGUCUUGAGGUCGAGGGCGGGAUGGGGCAUGCAGGCUGGAUGGCGUUUCGCGCUCAAAGGCCCCCACGCAUGUUUCACUUCAAACUUCCGCGGCACUGCAGCGCGCACUUGCACUUCAGCUCCCCAUUCGUGAUCCACACUAUUUAUUACAUCCGAGCAACCCGCAUACUCGAGCACUCUGCACCCGGUUUGAACCGGUGCGCGGCCUGCCGCAAGCCUCUGUGGCAUGACCGGCGUCGCUGUUCGCAAGCUGAAACCCACCGGUGGUAUGAAGGUGGACCACGCGAAGGCCAACCUGGAGCUGCAGCAGGAGCUAAACAACGGCGCCAGCGCUAUGGCAGCCGAACCCCAGAACCAGGAGCAGGAGAUUGCCAUGGAUGACGUGCUGGGCGAGAUUGAGGACAUGGUAGUCGAGGCUGCUGAGGAGCCCGGCGCGGCCGCUGACGGAUGCGAGUCGGCUGCCGACGCAGCAGCGGAUGUCACGGCCGACGCCGCGGCAGCCGACCCAGAUGGCGCCGGCGUCAGCGCGGAGGAGGCGAGCGGCGAGGAGCAGGCACUGGCGGCAGACGAGGGCGAAGGGGAGGCGGAGGCAGAGGGCACCGGUGGGGGGGCUGCACCCGCAGCUUCUGAGCACGACGCGGCGGUGGGUGGCGCUGAUGAGGAAGCUGCUGACCCAGAUGCCACGGCAACGGACGCUGCCGCUGAUGCCCCCAGCUCUGAUGAGGCUGCCGCCGCUGCGCCUGAGGCAGAGGACGACGCCGCUGCUCCUGUAGAAGCCGCGGAGCCCGCGACUGCCCCCGCGCUCGCAUCUGCGCGCACACCGGCAGCUGCCGCUGCCCUGCCCAUGGCGCCCAGCAAGCCCGGCUUCGCCGCUCCCAAGGCCGCCGCCGCCGCGCCGCCCGCUCGCAAGGGCGUGCUGGUGCCUGUGCGCAAGGCCCUGCCUGCGCCCGCCACUGCUGCCGCUGCUCCCACUGCAGCAGGCCGCGCGGCGGGCACCUCGGUCAAGGGCGCCGUGACGCCCGCUGCCGCCAAGGCCGCGGCUCCCCCAGCUGCCAAGGCGGCUGCGGCAGCGGCGGCCAAGUCGGCGACGGCCACGACUGGCGCCAAGCUCGCUGCCCCCGCCACCAAGCCCGCAGCGGCGGCCACCGCUGCCACUACCAAGCUUGCGGCUCCCAAGCCCGCCGCCGCCGCAGCGCCUAAGCCGGCUGCCGCCGCUGUCAAGCCGGCGGGCGCCGCGCCCAAGCCCGCCGCUGCCACCAAGGCAGCGCCUGCAAAGGCUGCACCCGCCGCCGCCGCCAAGCCCAAGCCCGCGCCAGCGAAGCCCAAGGCCAUUCAGGCUCGCAUCGUGCCUGACGACGAAGACGAUGACGCCGCCGCCGGUUUGGAUGACGGCACAGGUGGAGCCGCGGCUGCAGACAACAGCGCCAAGCCGGCGCCGCCCACCGCUGCUGCCACCGCCAAGCCUGCCGCCGCCAAGAAGGGCCCAGUCGCCGCUGCUGCUGCCAAGCGGCCUGCGGCUGUGGGCGCCAAGCCGCCGGCCGGCUACGAGCUGUUCAUGCGGGAGGCCAAAGCCGUGGGCGCAGAGUCGGGCCUGGAAGAGGCGGAGGCCGCGGCGGAGGCGGUGCAGCAGUGGGCGGCGCUGACCGCGGUGGAGAAGGCCGAGUACGAGGAGCGCGCCAAGAAGGAGCUGGCGGCAGCAGCGUCCGAGAAGAAGGCCAAGGCGGCGGCGCCCAAAGAGAAGGAGCCCGCCGGGCCCAAGUAUUACACCAACGGCUACAUGCUGUACGUGGAGGAGCAGCGCCCGGCCGUGCUCGAGGCCAAUCCCGGCGCGGGCUUUGGCGAGGUGGGCAAGCUGCUGGGCGCCGGCUGGAAGGAGCUGGGCAAGGACGGCCAGGAGGAGUACAACACCCGGGCCAAGGCCCUGAACACGGAGAGCGGUGCGCAGCCCAAGCCGCGCAAGUCCAAGAAGGGCGCCGACGCCGAGCCGGACGCGCCGCCCGCGACCGCAGCCAAGAAGGGCGCCGCCAAGGCCGCCGCUACGCCCACGACCGCCAAGAAGACGCCCAAGUCCGCCGGCAAGAAGUGUGAGAACGGGCGGCUGGCGGCGCUGGCGGCGGUGGCCGGCGCGGAUGAUGCAGGCAUGGAGGUGGACGAUGACGGCCCCGCAGCCGACAGCCCCCACCAGCAGCCCCAGACCGCCAAGAAGCGCAAGUCCUCCAAAAGCGCUGGCGGCAGCGCUAAGCGGCGCCGCGGCAAGGGCGCGGCCGUGGAGGAGGCGGAGGAGGCGGAGAUCACGGCUGCGGCUGCGGAGGAGAGCGACGACGAGAGCGACCGGGAGGCAGUGGAUUGGGAGGCGCACCCGGCCGUGUCCAUCCUGGGCAAGACGGCGCACGGCAAGUACCUGGUGUACCGGGCGGAGCUGGGGCUGCACGAGUACGGCCUCGUGGACGCCAAGGCGGCAAAGCGGCAGCGUCUGGCGGCGGCCGGCGGAGAGGGCGAGCAGGAGGCGGACGCGUCACCCGUGGGCGUUGACCUGGUGGAUGAGUUUGAGGAGUUCGAGCGCACCUUCUGGGCCGAGGUGCACGACCGCACCGACGGCAACGGACUGGACCUGGACGACCUGCGCGAUGGCUCGCCGCUCGAGGCCUGCUACUUCCUGGGCAAGCUGCGCGAGCCGCGCAUGCCGCUGCACCCGGACAGCCUGGGCCGCCGCCACAACGACAUGAUGAUCAAGGUCCCCGCGCUGGCGCUGUCCAUGGCGGUGCAGCGCAUGAUGCUGGUGGAGCGGCGGCAGCGCGAAGCGGCGCAGGCGGAAGCGGCGGAGCUGCGGGCGCAGCUGGCGGAGCUGGCGCCGGCAGAGGAGGAGGGCCUGGAGGAGGCAGAGGCUGUGGCGGCGUGAUAGGCACUUCAGCCUGCAGGUCAAGACACGCCAGGGAUGCUGAAAUGCUGAUGGAUAGAACACAGACUCUGCUGACUAAUAAGCAACUCUUGGACUGGGACAGAGCAUCGUGCGGUGUACAGGUGUACUGCAGUGCCUGUGAUGUAGAUGUGGGUGGCGACGCAUCUGCAAGAAAAUAACGGUGACAGCUGGAUGGACCGAGGGCUGAAUGACAGGCACGCCAACGCGCGCACAGACGGCAUCUGGCACUUAACAGGAACAAAUAGUAUAAUUUAGGUUCUGGGACAGCUCCGACUAACCCCCAACUAACUCGUGUACGGCACCCCAACCCCCUCAGCCGUACAGGAGGUAGCGUGGCAGUCGGCAGCUGCGCGAGUGUGAGCAGGUAGUUGUACGACGGCCCGGCUCGGAAGCUACCUGACUGUAGUGACGCACACGGGCAGUUGGUGCUAGUCGGCAGGCGAGCGAGUGGGAGCUGGCAGUUGAGCGCGCACGCGUGUGGGAAGCUGCGUCUGAGCACGGUGGAGCACGGACCCUGGCGGUUGGCGCGCCGCGCGAGUGGGAGUGCAUAGUCGUGCGCGCGCCUCCUGGGAAGCUGCGUGUGAGAGCUGCGUGUAAACUCAGAGAGAC